AUGUACAGCUUCAUGGGUGGAGGGUUGUUCUGUGCAGGCGUGGGGAACAUCCUGCUGAUCGUUUCCACAGCAACCGAUUAUUGGCUGCAGUAUCGACAGUCCAACAACUACAUGCACCAGGGCCUGUGGCGCUACUGUAUGCCGGGGAAAUGCUUCACACAUAACGACAGCAUUGCCCACUUAGACGCAACCCGCGCCCUGAUGAUACUCUCCCUUCUGGCUUGUUUCAUUGGCAUCAUCAUUGGUAUCAUGGCCUUUAUCCACUACUCCUCCUUCGACAGGUUUGACAAAACCUUUGCUGCAGGCAUAUUGUUUUUCAUCUCAUGCUUUUUAGUCUUGCUAGCGAUGGCUGUGUACACAGGGGUCAUGAUCAACUACUAUGGGAAACGCUAUGGAAACUGGAGGUUCUCCUGGUCCUACAUCAUCGGCUGGGUGUCUGUGGUGCUCACCUUCUUUUCAGGUAUUUUCUACAUGUGUGCCUACCGGAUGCAUGAAUGCCCCAGGAACUCCCACUAA